ACAAAGCUGCUAGCGUGAGAGAUGUCUCGAGAAUGAGAAACGGUGCGUUUUAUUUACGUAAACGACGUGAUCGUUUUCAAUUGCAAAAUUUAGGGCUGACACAUGAAAAACGGUUCCCGUUGCGUGUGGGUUGGGCGGUGACUGGUGACAGUGAAUAAGGUUGCCAUGAACGGACCUUGCUGCAGGAUCAAUAGGAACAAUUGAAGGUUGCAGCGACAGAGAUGGGGAAUCCAAAGCAGAAAUGGACUGCGGAGGAAGAAGAAGCACUAAGAGCAGGAGUGGCCAAACACGGAACUGGCAAGUGGAAAAACAUCCAGAAAGACCCAGAGUUCAAUCCUUUCCUCUUUGCCCGUUCCAACAUCGAUCUUAAGGAUAAAUGGAGAAAUAUGAGUGUCAGUGCUGGCGGCCAAGGUCUAAGGGAGAAAUCACGGACACAAAAACCAAAAGUGAAUUCUGAGGAACCUGCUACUGCUGUGUCUUCUCCAGGUCCACUCACCAUUGUACAGACUUCUGCUUCUGUUGCUCUUACUAAGUCUGAUCCCGUUGUUGAUGAUUCUUCCAAAAUCACAGUGGAUGGGAAAUCUGCUCCGAAGUAUAAUGCAAUGAUUUUUGAAGCAAUUUCAACUUUGAAUAAGCAACACGGAGUAGACACUAGUGCUAUUGUAGGCUACAUUGAGCAAAGGCAAGAGGUACCACAAAACUUUCGAAGGCAAUUAAGUGCAAAGUUAAGAAGAUUGGUUGCACAGGAAAAACUUGAAAAGGUAGAAAAUUGUUACAAAAUAAAGAAUAGUCCCUCAAUAGGAACGAAAAUCCAUACCCCAAAACAGAAAGACAUCCAGCCUAGGCAAUUACAGAGCAUUGGUUGCAUAACUACUGAUGAUACCGUGGAAGAAGCAGCAGUGGCAGCUGCAUACAGAAUUGCAGAGGCAGAAAAUAAAUCAUUUGUUGCAGCUGAAGCAGUUAAGGAGGCAGAGAGAGUUUCCAAGUUGGCUGAAGAUGCAGAUUCACUUGUACAAUUGGCCAAAGAGAUAUUAGAGAGAUGUUCACGAGGUGAGAUCGUACUGAUGGCAUAAGAUGCAAGAUUUUUGCCUUACCAGAUGAGAAAUAUGGCAACCAUUCCAACUAGAGUGCAUGCAUGUAGAUAUUGCCUUUUCUCUUUUGAUAUUUUUGUCAGAUCAAGCUAAAUCAAAUGGUUGUUUUGUAGUAAUUAUUGUCAUGUAAUGUAAGUUUUCGAGUAGGCUUAGUGAUGGUGCUUUAUAGACCGGAGAUUUUGCCUUCUGAACAUGGGCUUUGUGGUAAUAGGUAUGUGCACUUUGGCUCUUUCACUGCAAGACGAGACCCUUAUUUUUCAGCCA